AUCUGGCCACUGGCCAGUUGCCGCUCGGUAAUGCAACGGGGUGGUUGUGAUGUUUAGUUCUGCUAAUAUCAAAAUUUAUUCUCUACGGUGAAUUACUUUGAUCACAUGAAUGUUCUUCUUGUCAAAAUCUGCUUGUAAUGUAGAGUAAUUCUCCACUGAUUUCAACAAAGCUCAACUUUUCAUACAAGUUAUAUUUUGACGGUCAGAUAAAUAAAAGUCAGCUUUCUAGAUAUUCAGGGUAAAGAAAUGGGUCCAAAGAAGUUGUCCGACGAAAAAAUAAAGGGAACAAGAAUUAGGUCAAAAGAGGCUGACGGACUAGAACUAAUUGUUGAUGAAUUUCGCCAGGGCUCCAACUCGAGAGUGUGGUGGACAGUUUUCUCAGUGAUCUGCAUCCUUGCCAUCGUGACUCGCUUCUACAAAGUCACUGAGCCUGAUCAUGUGGUUUGGGACGAGACACAUUUCGGCAAGUUCGGUAGCUGGUACAUCAACCGGACUUUCUUCUUCGACGUUCAUCCUCCUCUUGGCAAGUGCUGCACGGCAAUGGGCGCGUCGCUGGUGCCGUUCUCGUUCAUGACGCUGUGGGAGAUGACGCACUCCCUGCCUGCUGCCACCUUCGGGGCCGCCCUCAUCCUCGCAGACGGAGGUUUCUUGACGCUGACGCAGUACAUCCUCCUGGACCCGCCGCUGCUCUUCUUCAUCAUGGCUUCCGUCGCCACGGCCGCGAGGUUCAAUUCUUAUCGAGACAAACCAUUCAGCUUGGGCUGGUGGGGCUGGCUGCUGCUGACCGGAGUGUCUCUGUCAGGGUCUGUGAGCGUCAAGUUUGUGGGUCUGUUCGUUGUGCUCUACGUGGGCUGCCACACCAUCGCCCAACUCUGGCACAUCUACGGCAACCUCAACAACCCUAUGUCGUUGGUGCUGAAGCACUUCGUGGCCCGCGCGUUGUGCCUCAUCCUGCUGCCCAUUGUGCUCUACUUGAAUUGGUUUAAUUUGUUGCCGCAGUCGUUGGUGCUGAAGCACUUCGUGGCCCGCGCGUUGUGUCUCAUCCUGCUGCCCAUUGUGCUCUACUUGGUAUACUUCUACAUCCACCUCUCCGUGCUCAACAAAACUGGCAAUGGCGACGGUUUCUACAGUUCGGCAUUCCAGUCACAGCUUGAGGGCAACCCGCUGCACAAUGCCAGCAUGCCUCUCGAGCUGGCAUAUGGCGCGGAGAUCACGCUGAAGUCUCAGCGCAACGGAGGCGGUUACCUGCACUCUCACCUGCACCUCUACCCUGAGGAUAAGGCGUAUGCUCACCAGCAGCAGAUCACCACUUACUCCCACAAGGACAUCAAUAAUAGAUGGAUCGUGAAGAAGGCAGACUCAGAACCUCUAGACUGGGACGACGAGAAGGAAGUUCCGGAGAUCGUGAGGCACGGAGAUCUCAUCCGCCUGGAGCACGUGCCCACGGGGCGCAACCUGCACUCACAUGCCUUGCCCGCCCCUGUCACCACCAGACACUACCAGGUCACCGGCUACGGAGAGAACGGACAAGGCGACCUGAACGACGUGUGGCGCGUCGAGAUAAUGAACGGCAAGACCGGCGACUCCGUGAAGACGCUCGUGAGCGUCCUGAAGCUGGUGCAUUCUCAGGUGCACUGCGCCCUGCACUCCUCCACUAAACAGCUCCCCAAGUGGGCGUACGAGCAGAUGGAGGUGACCUGCAAUCCCAACCUGCGCGAGGCCGACAACACCUGGAACAUCGAGGACAAUGUCUACCCUAAACUGCCGAACAGCUCGUUCGAAAUCUACGCUCCGUCGUUCCUGUCGAAGUUCCUGGAGGCCCACACGGUGAUGUUCCAGGGCAACGCUGGACUCAAGCCCAAGGAGGGCGAGGUCACGUCACAACCCUGGCAGUGGCCCAUCAACUACAGGAUGUUGAUCGGAGCGUUCGGUUACAUGACAGGCUACGACGGGGCCUUUGAUUUCAUCAAGCCUGGGGACAAGUACGAGAACGUCAGCUACGUGGGCAUGAGGGUGGUCAGUAGCUGCCUUAUUUUUUGCGCUUUACCAUUCAGCUUGGGCUGGUGGGGCUGGCUGCUGCUGACCGGAGUGUCGCUGUCAGGGUCUGUGAGCGUCAAGUUUGUGGGUCUGUUCGUUGUGCUCUACGUGGGCUGCCACACCAUCGCCCAACUCUGGCACAUCUACGGCAACCUCAACAACCCUAUGUCGUUGGUGCUGAAGCACUUCGUGGCCCGCGCGUUGUGUCUCAUCCUGCUGCCCAUUGUGCUCUACUUGGUAUACUUCUACAUCCACCUCUCCGUACUCAACAAAAC